AAAACACAACCAAAAUGCAUACAAACUUAUUACACUACUACAAACCAAUAAACCAUGACCACUAUUCUAAAUCCUACAAUUUCAUUACUCCAAACAAAGAUCAAAAAAUCACCACAUUACACUCACCAACAUGUACAUAAAACUUGGGUGAUUAGAUCAUCAGUCUCCAAUGAAGAAAAUCAAACUUUCAGGCGAAAGUUUAUGGUGUCAACAUUGCUAGGAGGACUAGGCCUUAAUGCUACUUCAUUAGCAUUGAAAGCAGAAGCUGAAGAAUUGAAAUGGGGCACACGUUCAUUUAUAUGGGAGCAUUUUUUCGAGCCCGGUUUAUCACCGGAGGAUGCGGUUGCUAGGAUGAAGAACACAGCUGAGGGACUUCAUAGCCUAAGACACAUGUUGGAGACCAUGUCAUGGAGGUAUGUUAUAUUUUAUAUUAGGCUAAAACAGGCUUAUUUGAAGCAGGAUAUGAAGAGUGCUUUGGUUAUGGUUCCUGAUGGAAGAAAACAGGAUUAUGUUAAUGCUGCUAAUGAGUUGGUGGAUAAUAUGGCUGAGUUUGAUUACUAUGUCCGAACACCAAAAGUGUACGAGUCGUAUGUGUUCUAUGAGAAGACAUUGAAAUCAAUAGACAAUCUCUUGGGAUUCCUUGCAUAAACGCCUCACAGAAACAGAGGAUCCUGUUUCAACCGUGUUACAUAACUUCAGUACAUAUGAUCAUCUUCACUGUAAUAUUAAGCAUUAUUUGGCCUAGUUUUUAUGGUGUUAUGUUCUAUCAAUGUCAACAAUGUUCAACAUAAAUAACGAAAAACUUUCUUAAUUA